CCCUCCGCAGGAAGGAGGAGAGAAGCAGCGGAGGCGCGACUCGAAUUCAUUCGCACCAUGGACGGUGCUCCGGUGAGAGGUCUCCGGCUGCUGCUGCUGCUGCUGCCGCUGCUGAGGCCCCGUGUCCGGGCCUCCCAGCCCCGGGACUCCCGCGCCUCAAUGGACGAUGACUUCCUGCUGCCGUACGCCCCCGGCCACGGCCCCUCCCGCUCCCACCGCCAUGUUCGGGACUGUCAGCCCAUCCGGCACGGAAGCUCCACCCACGAGAGCCGGCCCGCCAGUAACCACAGCGAGCUGCCGGUCGCCACGUCCCACCCGUUCGUCACGGACGUGCCGGGGAGCUCGCGGUUCGCUUACGGUCACAUGACGGUGGUCCGGGACCCCCUGAGGACGGUGUCCGUGCUGGAGCCGGUGGCGCCGGGCGGCUGCUGGCUGAAGAUGAGGUCGUCGGUGGAGGAGACGGCCCGAGCGGCCGGGUGUCUGUACGCCCUGAACGCCGGCUUCUUCGACCCGCACACAGGAGCGUGUCUGGGAAAUCUGGUGAGCGACUUCAAGCGGGUGACGGACAGCGGCGGCGUGCAGAACGCCCAGUUCGGGAUCAGGAGGGACGGGACCCUCGUGUUCGGGUAUCUGUCUCAGGGAGACGUGAACGAUCCCUUCAACCCGUUCGUCCAGCUGGUCUCCGGCGUGGUGUGGCUGCUGAGGAACGGAGAAGUCUACAUCAACCAGAGCCUGGAGGCCGAGUGCGACGCCACGCAGACCACGGGGCAACUCCGCGAAUUUGUGGAUGUGGUGUCGGCCAGGACGGCGGUGGGUCACGACGCCGAGGGCCGACUGGUCCUCUUCCACAUCGAGGGACAGACUGGAGUCAGAGGGAUGAGUCUCUGGGAGGUGGCUGAGUUCCUGAAGAAGAACGGAGUGAUCAAUGCCAUAAACUUGGAUGGAGGCGGGUCGUCCUCCUUCGUGGUUAACGGCUCACUGACCAGCUACCCCAGUGACCACUGCAUUCCUGACAGCAGGUGGCGCUGUGGCCGGGCAGUCUCCUCUAUCCUGUGUGUCCACCCGCGGCGCUGUGUGUCCACGGACUGCAGCGGACACGGAGGCUGUGUGGACGGACGCUGUGUGUGUCAGCCGGGCUGGACGGGCAUCGCCUGUCACGCUCUGGUGUGUCAGCCGCCAGCCUGCGGCGCCCACGGCCUCUGCACUGCCAACGGCUGCGUGUGCGAUGCAGGAUGGAACGGGACCAACUGCAGCCAAGAGUGCCUCCCAGGUUUCCACGGUGACGGCUGCAAGCAGACCUGCGACUGUGCCAACGGCAGCUCCUGCGACCCCGUCCACGGACGCUGCACCUGCCCCCCCGGUUUUCAGGGCAACGCCUGUGAACAAGUGUGUCCUCUGGGGUUCUUCGGUCUGUCCUGCGCUCAGGAGUGUGACUGUGACGACCAGUGUCCAUGUGACCCACAGACAGGAAGCUGCAACACCACGCUGCCACUUGUGACCACCGACACCUUACACAGAGCUGGCGUCUGUCUAGCCAAACAGAUGACGUCUCGGAGACAAGAGGACGAAGCUCCCUGCAGAGCAGAGCAGCCUUAUCUAACGGAGCCAACAUGGCUGAUCAUCAACCUCACCUUGGUCACUCUGCUGGUGGCCAGCCUGCUGGUUCACCUGGUGGCGGCCUGGCGCCGCUCGGGUCCAAACCAACGCUGUGGCUACGCCUACGUCCCGCUGGGCAACAUCAACGCCUCAGGCUCAACAUGAGGGAGGAGCUCUCUCUCCUCUGCUCACAGCAGCUCCCCCUGUUUCUGGAAGGAAGUGGAGGCUGCAGGGAGGUCCCGUGUGUUGUUACCUCCGUCACGCUCAGAUGAUAUUGAACUUCCUCUCUGGUGUUUAGAAUAGAAGCGCUUUGCGAGGUUCAUGUGAAGUCUGGAUUCGUAUCCGCCUGGUUAUCUGAUGCAGACCCAACAUGUCUCCUGCAGACGCAUCACGCACCAGUUACUUUCCUCUCAUGCACUUUUUCUUCAAGAAACUUUGAUGUCGUAGAAUUUAAGGAUCUCUUCUCAAAUGUUUUUCUAAUUCUUGGGUUGUUGACAAUAAAAGGGUGAAGGUUUAAAAA